CUGAACAAGAUCAAACCUGACCGAAUUUUAUGAAGGAGGCAGGACACAAAUCCGGCUCGGAACCGUCUGAUGAUCCGGCCUCCUUCAUAUCCAAUCCCCUCCACUUCGGAUCUCCUCCUCCCAGGAAAGCCAUGGCCGCCGCCUCCUCCUGGAUUCCGCCUACCCUUCCCGAUUGCGACAACGCCCCAGGCUGGGUCCUACUUGACAUGCGGUGCUACAUCGCCGACCUCCCCAACGCUACCACCGCCACGGGCGUCACGAGCAGCGGGCUGCCCAUCCAGGUGACCUUCCGCGCCGCCCGCCCGCCGACCCUCUCCUACCUCUGCGUCCACUGCCCCGGCAUGGAGUUCCCCGGCUCAGCGCCCAAGGUUGUCGCCACACACGCCGACCUCGUCCUCCUCCGCGUCCCCAUCAACCCCGACGCCGUCCUCUCCGCCAUGACACGGUUCUGGGACUACUUCGUCUACAGGGCGCACCCCCCUCUGCUGGACCUGCUCCCCAACCCGUACCCCAAGUGCUUCAACGACUCCGAGGCCGCCCUCCUCAGUGGCGACGACGGCGGCGGGUACGUCGUCGCCGCCCUCCGGAGCAGGGUCCCAAGGCGCGAUCCCAACGGCGGCGCGCUAAUAAGGACGGAGUUCGACCUCCACCUCUACCGCUCCUCCAAUGCCGAUGAGGGUUGGAUCUCCAAGCGAUUGUCAGUUGAGGAGCCGGUGAGGGACACGCUUGUCCCGUUACCUGACGCGGUGGCCGACGACAUGCUGUACCACGAGACGGGGAAGACGAUCACGGUCGGCGGCAAGCGAGGCACGGUCGCCUGGGUGGACCUCUGGCGUGGCAUCCUCCUGUGCAACUUGCUCGACGAGUGCCCAGUGCUCCGCGACGUCCCACUGCCCCUGCCAGCGAGGGGCAACUGGGAUCGUCUGCUCCAAGAAUGUAACCCCAACUUUCUCCGGGAUAUCACCAUCAGCCGACACAAAGACUCUAUCAAGUACAUUGAGAUCGAAAUCCGGCCACCAAGAGAGCUGAAGAAGACCACCCGUGACUCCUACCUGGAAUGGGUGCGCCGAAACUCAAGAAACUCCCAGCUGGUGCGACGUGAUGGCUGGAGGGCAACAACAUGGAGCAUGCCUCUCCCGGUUGGUUCAUGGGAGGAUUGGCGCCGUGAAUGUGACGUUGACGUCAAUGCUCUCACCAUUGACACCAGCAAGCCAUGGCUCUCUAAGCCGCUGUCUAAGCUGCGUGGCAGUGACGCCAAAGCAAUCCUGCAGAGUCUGUCAGUGGCAUACCCCACCAUAAGCAUGGAUGAUGAUGCUGUCUACUUGCUUUCUAAGGUGGAUAAUUUGGAGGUGGUGGUUGCUGUUGAUGUGAGGAAGAACACGCUGCGAGGAGUAGCCGAGCUUGAUAUCCAAAAGGACUUCAGUUUGAUGCCCACCUACUGCUCCAGUGAAAUCUCUAGUUAUCUGAAGAAGACUACAGGCACAUUAGAAGCGCUUAAACUAACUGAAAAGGAAGCGCUUAAACCAACUGAGGUGCGCGAAGGAACUGACCAGCAGAAUGAGGCGUGGGAAGAAGCAUGUAUGGCGGCAUAUACCCCUGAAUGAUGCUAAACAAUAUCAACUUGUAUGAUGCAUGUAUGGCGGCGUAUUCAGUUGGGAGCCGGUGAAAAACCGAUGUUGUUCCCACGCGCGUCAGCUAAUCAACAAAGUAGUUCAACAGAAUGCAAACAAAUACGUCGAUGUAGGCAGGGAAUUUCAACUUGAACAAUCUAAAUGCUCGUCUAUGCUACUGCUGACUCCUUGUUGCUACUACAUGUCUUCAGUUAAAGGAUCCCUCUCUGCCAAGGUAUCUUUGACUGCUGUGCUUGCGGAGAAGAUCAUAGUUGUUCGUGCACAUAGAAUUUUUUUUUCUC